CAUUAGUGGCCGCUUAAUUGGUUUGCUCGACGACGCCUUUGCCUCGCAACUCCCAACCUCCCCCCGCGUCCGCUCCCCUGCUCCCUCGUGUGGCGCCGCGCAGGAAGCAACCCGGCGGCGGCUAGGGUUCGGAAAUGGCGGCCGGUGGAGCCAGCGGGGAGGGCGAGGAGCUGCGGCUGCUCGCCGCCGCCGAGGCCGGCGACGGCGGCGCGCCCGCGGGGGAGAAGUCGUGGCGCCUCAACUUCGACGGCCUCCGCCCGCCGGAGGCGCGCCAGGAGAGGCCCGCCCGAGGGCUCCACCACCACUGCCUCGGCGUCAUAGGCCAAGCUCCUGAGGAUGUUGUCGCUGAAUACUACCAACAGCAAGUGGAAAUGCUAGAGGGUUUCAAUGAAAUGGAUGCGUUGACAGAUCGUGGUUUUCUUCCUGGAAUGUCCAAGGAAGAGCGUGAACAGGUUGCUAGGAGUGAAACAUUAGCCAUCAGGCUGUCAAACAUUGCAAACAUGGUUCUUUUUGCUGCAAAAGUGUAUGCUUCAGUACGGAGUGGCUCGCUUGCUAUUAUAGCUUCCACUUUGGAUUCUCUUCUUGACUUGUUAUCAGGGUUCAUCUUAUGGUUUACUGCCUUUUCUAUGCAAACACCAAAUCCCUACAGAUACCCAAUUGGUAAAAAGCGCAUGCAGCCGCUGGGAAUACUUGUCUUUGCCUCAGUCAUGGCAACGCUUGGCCUUCAGAUCAUCUUAGAAUCAACUCGAUCACUGUUGUCUGAUGGAGGUGAAUUCAGCUUGACGAAGGAGCAGGAAAAGUGGGUUGUGGACAUCAUGUUCUCAGUGACGCUGGUGAAACUUGCCCUGGCUUUAUAUUGCCGCACGUUCACCAACGAAAUCGUCAAGGCUUAUGCACAGGAUCACAUUUUCGAUGUUAUCACUAAUAUAAUUGGUCUUGUGGCUGCACUACUCGCAAAUUAUUUCGAAGGAUGGAUCGACCCUGUUGGUGCAAUUAUUCUAGCAAUCUACACCAUCAGGACAUGGUCGAUGACGGUGCUAGAAAACGUCCACUCACUCGUGGGGCAAUCGGCUUCGCCAGAAUACCUUCAGAAGCUGACCUACCUUUGCUGGAACCACCACAAGGCCGUGAGGCACAUUGACACGGUGCGCGCCUACACGUUCGGCUCGCACUACUUCGUGGAGGUGGACAUCGUGCUGCCGGCGGGCAUGCCGCUGCAGGAGGCGCACGACAUCGGCGAGGCCCUGCAGGAGAAGCUGGAGCGCCUGCCUGAGAUCGAGCGCGCCUUUGUCCACCUCGACUACGAGUUCACCCAUCGGCCCGAGCACGCUCUGUCGCAUGAGAAGUAGCUUCAGGAUCAGCCGGUGGAUGCAGCUCUGUACAGAUUAAUGGCAAUAGUUUUGGAAAUCCGGUGUUCGUCAAGGCGUCGCAGAAAAACCUGCGGGUGCGGCACGCAAUUGAAAUGUGCAUACUGGAGUGCCGGAUCUGGCGAUGUCGACGUAGAUUGUGUCUUUUGUAAGUUGCUGUGCUACGUACGUAGCAUAUAUAUUUAAAUGUCCUCUAUACCCUGAUCAUGGCCUCAUUUUUAUUGCUGGUUCACACAUGACUA